CACACACACACUCACACAAACACACUGGUGGAAGCAGGCAGGGGAGGGCAAAAACACACACACACACACAUUCAGCAUCUUCAGCUGAGCGUCAGAUUUAGGCGCGUCUCACUUCGCUGUCAGGGUGUCUUGAAAUUCCCAGCUCUACUCAAUAUUCCAGCAUUUUUCCGGCAGCAUGGCAGAAGGCUCUGGCUCAGCAUCAGGAGCAGAGGUUGAGUCAGCGUUCCGGAAGUUUGCAGUUCAUGGGGACACCAAAGCCACAGGGAAGGAGAUGAACGGGAAGAACUUUGUCAAGCUGUGCAAAGACUGUAAGGUGAUCGAUGGCAAGAAUGUCACCAGCACAGACGUGGACAUCGUCUUCAGCAAAGUCAAAGCCAAGACAGCUCGCGUGAUCACAUUUGAGCAGUUCACUCAGGCCAUGGCGGAGCUGGCUCCAAAGCGGUUUAAAGGGAAAGGCCAGGAGGAAGCGCUGCAGCAGCUUUACGGCCUCAUCGCAGGAAAAGAGCCGGCCAACGUUGGGGUGACGAAAGUGGCGAAGGCGGCUGCGGUGGACCGUCUAACGGACAGCAGUAAAUUCACCGGCUCUCAUAAGGAGCGCUUUGACGAGUCCGGUAAAGGAAAAGGUAAAGUGGGGAGAGAGGACAUCCCCGACACCAGCGGCUACGUCAGCGCAUACAAGGGUCAGGGCACCUAUGACAGCAAGGUGAAGGAGCAGGAGUGAAAGAGAGGAGGAACAGGAGGACAGAAGGGAGGAAAGGGAGGAGAAGAGAAGAGGAAAAAUUCAUGUUACCUUCAUCUUGAUGCAUGUUUCAUUGUGUUUUAUGAACUUCAGCACCAUUGGAGCUGGAUUAGUUUUACCAGAGGAGGUCGUGUGUUGUGGAUUCUGAUUGGCCGUUAUUUCCUCCGAUAGGCCAGAUUGAAAGGUCAUAGCCCAACUUGUUCACUCAUGCAUAUAUGCAGAUAUAAAGCAUGUAUCAACCUACGAAUAGUGAAAUGCGCCUGUAAAUGUGUACUUUGUGCUUUAUUUUGAUUUGGCCAUGACCACAGAACAGGACCUCCAUGCUUGUCCAGUCAUGAGUAGCAACUUCAAGUAGUAAAAUUCAGUAAAAUAGCAACUAGCUAAUCUAAUGCAGUGGUGUACAAAGGAGACAAACACAUCAAGCACAUUUGCAAGCAUGAUUUACUGAAAAAAGUUUUCUGAUGCCCACAAAUUAGUUUUAACAUCCAUUUUUCUCUCAUUUCUUAAUACUUUAGAUAAUUUUUGAUUUUCUCACUUUAUAAAUAAAUUUAUUCACUUCAGUGUAAAAAAUAAUGCAUUAUUUUCAUGGUGUUAUUUUACAUUUUAAAAUGACACUAUUUUAUUCAAUAGCAAUAGAUGCAAGGUAGAUUUAAACCACAUAUAUGUUUUAAAAAGUGGGGAAAUGUGUGUUAGCUGUCUCUUAUAUGUCUGUCUGUUUAGCUGCCACUUCACAACUUCAUAGCCUGGACGAAGUCAGCGUUGCACCACAGGAAAAACUCAAUAACAGUAACAACACACCACAUGGCAAGUAUGGCAGCAAAAAGAAACAGUGUUGUUAUUGGUAUUGAGCUUUUCCUGUGGUGCAACACUGACGUUGUCUGGGCUAUGAAGUUGUGAAGUGGCUUCUAAAUGGGUAGACAUAUUAUAGAUCGCUAUCCCAAUGUGACAACACACUACAUGUUGUAGCUCAUAGCCUUAUUGACAACAAAAAAAUUGUCAUUGGGUGCCUAUUUUUAGCGGUAUACUCCUUGUCUUCCUCGCACCAAAAAGUGAUGUGAGUGUUUACUACACGAUGACACAAGCUAAUAUUAACACAGAAAACUAGCUAGGUAAGAUUAGCUAGCACAGAAAGCUAGCUAGCUAGCUAACAUUACCCUUCUGGUUGCUGUAGCUGUAGAGCUAUAGAUAGUAUUUGAUUGACUUCACACUUGUCACUGCCACCAUAUUGUUGAAAUACCACCAGCCAACGUGGGCGAUGACAUCAUGAUCAACGCCUCCGAUCAAACAGACUUUUCCUUGAUAUCUAGGUUUGGAAGCCAUAGCUGAUAUUGACUGUUCAUACACAUUAUGCAGGCAUAAUGUCAACAAUAUGGCCGCCGGACGCUUCACUUUUGUCGUAUUCUUCUUCAUUUCUGUAGUUCUUUCUUUUCUUUAUUUCACAUUGUGAACUGUAAUAGGUUGUAGGGGUUGGCAAUUUUAGUUCCACAAAAAAUUAAGCAGCUCUCACAGUGGGGCUGCUUCAGGUUGUAGCUAGCAAGCUAUAAUGCUAAGCUAGGCUAUGUGCAGCCUGAAGUAGAGGUGUCUCCCUGUCCUGACUGGCUAGAUGUUUGUGGUCCACUUUGUUUGUUUUUUUCUCCCAGCCAUGAAGAGUUGAUCAGAAUACUCUGACUUCAAAAUUGACAACCCCACCUUUAACGUUCAGUACAUCACCAGGUGAAACUAAUCCAGCUCGAACAGGGCUUUUGUUUCUGUCGCAUAUUAGUGAAAAAAUGCACUGAACCUCAAACCACACUAACCUCAACAUCCAGGGUCAUUUCUAGAAACCAUUUGUACUCACUGUCUUUGGUUUCCCUGCCUAUAUGGACCUGUGUAAUAACGCUUGAGCAAGCUUUGCGUAACGUUCCAGGCUUGUUUUCAGGAACACUUUCUCGCUACUUGUGCCUUAUAUAUUAACUGUUAUAUUGGUGGUAGUGCAAGAGCUUCACCUGUAGCUGUCGGCCUUUCUGCCCGUCUGCCGCUCUGCCUGCGUGUGCUAUAUUUACAGCUGCACAGACUGCAAUAUAUGAAUAUGAAUACAUUGAAACAUAAAGUUGUGGAUAUACUUUUAAGUGAUCAUUAAAUUAUUGCAGUCAUUAUAACUUAUUAAUGUAUGUUAAUGAGUUUGAUUCUAUAAGCAUUCCAUGCAAUAUCUGUUCUCCAGGCACUAAAUGCUGUUUUAUGUGUAAACUGAUGACACUUAGAUUAAGACACACUAAACUACGUUGCAAAAUUAGCCUGAUCUCUCUCUCUCUCUCUGUCUCUCUCUCUAUCUUUCUCUCUCUCUCUCUCUCUUUCUCUCUCUCUCUCUCUCUUUCUCUGUCUCUCUCAGAGAAUGAGUGAGAAUGUCACUCUUCCAUGCUGGUUAAGCUCUAUUAUAUCCACUUUGUGCCUCUGUUUUUGUGUCAUGUUGUGAGCACCCAGAAUACUCUUAAAUAAAGCUGAGACUCAAUGGCU